AGAAAAUGAAAAGAUGUCUAUAAAAAAUGGGAAAAAAGGACAAGAGAAACGUAUGUUUGAUCCUUCAGAUCUCCCUGAAACAGAUGAUCAAAAUGCGAUUCUUCAACAAGUAGAGUUUUAUUUUUCAGAUUCAAACCUUCCUUUUGAUAAAUUUUUAUGGUCUACAUCUCAAAAGUGCGAUGGAUGGGUAUCUAUUGAUUUAAUAUCAACAUUCAAACGGAUGCGGCGUUUUCGUCCUAUAGAAGCCAUUGUUACUGCUUUACGUACAAGUAAAGAUCUCUUAGAAGUUAGCGAGGAUGGAAAAUAUGUACGACGAAAGACUCCUCUUAUUAAGCCUAAAGAGAGUGAAAAAAAUAGUUAUAUUCAGCGAAGUGUCUAUGUUAAAGGGUUUGGGGAAGAAACGAAAACUACUCAAAUAGAUAUUGAAGAUUUUUUUAAAAAAUAUGGGAAAAUUAAUGUCGUAAGAUUGCGUAGAGAAGAUAAUGGUUCAUUUAAGGGUUCAGUGUUUUGCGAAUUUGCAGAAUUAGAGAUUAAAGAAAAUUUCCUUAAAAUCGAGCCUAAGCCUCAAUAUAAUGGAAAAGACCUUUUGAUUAUGUCAAAACAGGAAUAUAUAGAUAUGAAGUCUGUGAAAUCUCGAGAAAAACCUCCAAAGAAAAAGGCUACAUUUAACGCUUUCAAGGAAAUGGAAUUAAAUAGUAAGCAUUGUGGAAAUAGUAGCGGCAACAAACGGAAAAGAGAUGAUAACUAUUCAAGGUUUCAGGUUAAAGAAGAAAGCAAACAUUGUAGAUUAGAUAGUCAAGAAAACUUGUUUGAAAAAAAUAUCGAAAAGGGUAUUACUUUAAAGACACAAGAAAUAGAAAACAAAUCGUAA